UACUUUAUUCUCUUAGGAACAAUAUAGCUGAACCAGAAAAAAAUGUCAUUUUCCAAUAAGGGAAUUAUUUCAUUUUAUAAUGCGAUGAAUCAUCAAUUAAUACUAAUUUUCAAAGCCAAGAAAAGUUGUUGAAGGAAAAUAUUAGAGGAGGCCAAAAGAAAGAAGCCUUAACAGAGAAUCUGUUCAAGCCAAGCAAAGCUUAAAGCUUAAAGCUGAGAAAGCGUUUAUUAUCUAUCAGUCCACUGCAAUAUUCUGAAGAUUUCUUUGUGGCUCUGCUUUUGUUCUUCUGCUUUGGUGCUUUUGAGAGAAUCUAUACUCUUCGUGACAAGUUUCUUUUCUUCUACUGUUUCUUUUGUGUUUUAGCUUGAGAUAUUUCGAAGUCAAGAUCAAGAAAUUCGUCUUUUCCAAGAAAAUUGUGUAAUUGAAUUCUAUAGCAUGGUUGGUAUAUUCUCCAGAUUUUCUGUUGUUAGAGGCGGCCAUAGGAGAACACAGAGUGCCAUCGAUGGCAGAGAAGUCUUGUCUCCAAGAUCUGAUCUUGCUCCUUCAGCUAACACCACAACCGCUGCAACUCAUGGGAUCGAAGUAGCAACAGAGUUUAAACCGGUGGACCAUCCGAUGGAGCCCUUAGACAACGAUCAACCGAUCCAGUGCCCACUCCCAGAGCCAUCCAUUCUCAAUGACGGGAGACUCUGGAAAGAGAGAUUGUCGGCUAAUUCGAUGAGAAGACGAGAUGAUUUGGCGAUUGCCCAAGAUGGGAUGGACGAAGAAUCUGAUGUUUCUGUGACAAUUCCAUCACGGGCUAGCCAAUGCAAUACCAACCGUCCUAUCUUGCCUUCACUCAGUGCGCCCGAACACAACUUGCUUAAUCUACUAGAAGAAUGCAAAGUAUCUGGUAGUAUCUAAGAACCUGCAGGGAUUGUCUAGACUCUUUUUACAAUUUAUGUGUAAGAACAAAACCAACUCAUAGUGAAUGUUAUUAUAUCUAAGUAAAAUCAUCCACUUCAUGCCCUGUGAACAUAAAA